CGGGCGUUAAUUCCGGACGGACCAAAACAGUCUCGGAGAGUUGACGUGGAAGUGCAUUCGUGCAAUGGCCAGCAGCAUCAAAGUGGACGUUUCAGCCGAUAGCUCCGCUGUAUCCUCGAGUACAAAUGUCCCGUCUCAGCCCAACAACCCGCUGUCAAGGAAGCUUAACAAAAUACUGGAGACAAGACUUGACAAUGACAAGGAGAUGCUGGAGGCUCUGAAGGCGCUGUCGGUGUUCUUCACUGAGAACAGUUUGCGGACCAGGAGAAAUCUUCGCGGGGAUAUAGAGAGGCGAAGUCUGACCAUCAACGAAGAGUUUGCACAGUUAUUUAAAGAAGUGAAAGAGGAGCUUGAAAGCGUUCAUGAGGAUGUUCAGGCCAUGAGCACAUGCUGUGAAGAAAUGACAAGUACAUUAAAGGCUGCAAAAGAGCAAACACAAGAUCUCAUCGUUAAAACCAACAAGCUGCAGGGAGAAAAUCAGCGACUGGAGGUGAGAGCCCAGGUUGCUCAGGCUUUCCUGGCCAAAUUCCAGCUCUCUAACGAGGAGAUGGCUACCAUGCGAGCUGCUCGCGAUGCACCCAUAACUGAGGAUUUUUUCAAAGUUCUGAGCCGAGUGAAGCACAUCCACGAGGAUGUGAAAAUCCUCCUGCGAACCAACCAACAAACUGCAGGGUUAGAGAUCAUGGAACAGAUGGCGGUGUUACAGGAGACUUCAUACGAGCAGCUUUACCGCUGGGCUCAGAAUGAAUGCAGAGGACUGACUCAGGAGACGUGUGAUAUCAGCCCUGUGUUGACUCAGGCCAUGGAGGCCUUACAGGAUCGCCCUGUUCUUUACAAGUACACCCUGGAUGAGUUUGGGACUGCGCGCCGGUGCGCCGUUGUACGAGGCUUCAUUGACGCCCUGACGCGCGGUGGGCCAGGAGGAACUCCCCGCCCCAUAGAGAUGCACUCACAUGACCCUAUGAGGUACGUCGGGGACAUGCUGGCCUGGCUGCACCAAGCAACUGCGUCGGAGAAGGAGCAUCUGGAAGCGCUGCUUAAACAAGUCACUCUCCAAGGCGUGGAAGAUAACAUGCAGGAGGUGGUGGGACACAUUACAGAAGGGGUUUGCAGGCCACUGAAAGUCCGGAUAGAGCAAGUCAUCGUUGCAGAACCAGGAGCUGUCCUGCUUUACAAGUUGUCUAACCUGCUGAAGUUCUACCACCACACAAUCAGCUCUAUUAUCGGGACCAGUGUGGCUUCCUUGCUUAUGACAAUUGAGGAGAUGCACAUCCUCAGCAAGAAGAUGUUCUUUAACAGCCUGAGCCUUCACGCAAGCCGACUCAUGGACAAGGUAGAGCUGCCACCUGCAGAUCUGGGACCAACGGCGUCCCUCACUCAGACCCUGUCCCUCCUCAGGGAGGUGCUGGCCUCUCACGACUCCUCAGUGGUUCCACUGGAUGCCCGCCAGGCUGACUUUGCUCAGGUGCUCUCUUGCAUCCUGGAUCCCCUCCUGCAGCUGUGUACUGUGUCGGCCAGCAACCUGGGCACGGCUGACAUGGCUACCUACAUGGUCAACUCGUUGUACGUCAUGAAGACCACUCUAGCGCUCUUUGAGUUCACCGAUAAGAGGCUUGAGAUGCUCGAGUUCCAGAUCGAGGCUCACCUUGAUACGUUGAUUAAUGAGCAGGCUUCCUACGUGCUGACCAGAGCCGGGCUGAGCUACAUCUACGGCUGUGUGCAGCAGCACACCACUGAACAGGGUCCACUGUCGCUCCUUCCCAGCAUGGACAGCUCUUCUAUGAAAGCAGCAAUGGUCCAGUUUGAUCGGUACUUGUCAUCACCCGACACUCUCGUCAUGACGCAGCUCAACUUCCUGCUGAGUGCAGCCAUUAAGGAGCAGAUUUUCCGACAGUCAACAGAGCUGGUGUGCAGAGCGUACGGAGAGGUCUACACAGCCUUGAAAAACCCUAAUAACGGCUACCAGGAUGCCGAAAACCUGCUACCCAGAUCCCCUCAGCAGGUUCAGACCUUGCUUUCCUGAGAGACUUUGACCCCCGUGGUCGAUCUAGGAGACGCCAGGCGAGCCGCAGCAGAGCACAGGCUGCAGGUUCCUUCAAGACGCAGGUGACCGCUGCAGUGUAAUAAAUUGUAUAUAACAGUUAUUUCAUCAGUCCAGCUCCCUUUUUGGAAAUGACAUGAGAGAGAUGUGUCUGUAAAUAAAAUCUCCUGAAUGCCGAGAGGAAAAACAUCAUACGUAAUCUGAUGCUUUCAGCAGAGCAGGAUUAGUUGGGUUUUUUUGUUUUCAUAGGGGGUGUUUUAUGAUUAUUUUUAUUACUUUCUUCAUUUGUAGUGAACUGUUUUUCUUCAAAAUGCUGAGAAUUGUAAAAAUCAAAGAAAACAGAAUUAUUGGGCUUGGAGUUUUGUUAUUUUUUCCGCACCAGACACUCGAAAGUGGCUGGAAAAAAACUGGGAAGGAAUUUUAGCGGAAUUUCAGAGGCUUCGGUGCGGUGAAGUUUAUUUUAAUAUAGACUGUUUUGAGUUGUAGGGUUAAACUGAAAGAUUUGUACUUUUUAUUUUCCCCAUCAGAGUUGUUUUUGAAACAUUGUCUGUUUGUCAUGGCAAGACUCAAAUGAAGCAUGUUUUAACUGAUUGGCAGCUCAGCCACGUUAUUGCGUGGACGGCGGGGCAGAAUGCAUUAAGCAGUUGUGACAUGUAUGAUGAUAUCAUUGAAAAUCUGUCACCAUCCUGCCAACACAACCCCCAAUAAAACACCUUUGAAACACUAAAAGAU